UCUCAAAGCGCCAAAAAAAACCCCAAAACCUCUCCCCCCUCUCGUUUUGAAAACACGAACAUGGCGCUCGUUCCUUUUCCCUCCCUCUUCUUCUUCUCCAAGCAUUACAAAAUCUGAUCUCAUUCCUCCACUUCUCCACCUCACACCACACUAGUCCUCCCUUUCUCUUCGCUCUCUCUCCCGUUCUUCCUCUUCCAACUCUGUUCCGGACGGCGAGAGGCAGAAGGAGCUUGUUCCAAUGGCGGAUCAGGAGAACUGCGCUCCACUCACUCGCGCUGCCAGGAAGAGGGCAGCGGCGGCGGUGACGACGCCGGCGGAUGCGGAGAGAAGAAGAGGAGCAGGGUCGUGUUAGGCGAGCUUCCUCAGGUGGCUAACGUUGGGGCGACGGUGGUGGAUCUGACUUCCGGUGACAGGCCGGAGAAGCGCAAAAAAACCAAUGCGAAGGCGAAGGGGAAGGCUAAGCCGAAGACUAAGGCCAAGAAGGUUGUCGCUCCCGUUCCGGACGAAGAAGAAGUUACGGCGGCGACGGUCGAGGUCGGGAUCGAUGACAGAGAUGGAAGCCCCGAUGAUCCUCAGAUGUGCCAGCAUUAUGCCUCCGACAUUUACGAUUACCUCCACAACUUAGAGGCUGAACCAAAGAGAAGGCCACUGCCUGAUUACAUCGAGAAGGUCCAAUCUGAAGUGACUCCCAACAUGAGAGGGAUUCUUGUGGAUUGGCUGGUGGAGGUAGCCGAGGAGUACAAGCUUCUGACUGAUACUCUCUACCUCUCCAUUGCUUACAUUGAUAGAUUCUUGUCUCUGAACCCUAUCAGCAAGCAGCGCCUUCAGCUACUGGGUGUUUCUGCGAUGAUGAUUGCAUCAAAGUAUGAAGAGAUCACCCCUCCAAAUGUGGAGGAGUUCUGCUACAUCACCGAUAAUACAUACACCAAAGUCGAGGUGUUGAAGAUGGAAGCAGAUAUACUUAAGUUCUUGAACUUUGAAAUGGGUACCCCCACAAUAAAGUCAUUUCUAAGGCGGUUCAACAGAGUUGCUCAGGAGGAUUACAAAACUGAGAGCCUACAGCUUGAGUUCAUGGGCUGUUAUCUUGCUGAGCUGAGCUUAUUGGAUUACAACUGUGUGAAAUUCUUGCCGUCUCUAGUUGCUGCAUCUGUUGUGUUCCUUUCAAGAUUCACACUCAAGCCAAAAACGAAUCCUUGGAACGCCAAGUUACAAAAGUACUCUGGAUACAAGCCAUCCGAGUUGAAGGAAUGUGUGCUAAUCAUACAAGACCUUUACUUGAGUCGAAGAGGGGGCGGCUUGCAAUCUGUUCGUGACAAGUAUAAGCAGCACAAGGUACAGACAUUUUGCCAAAGGUUUUCUGAUUAGGCUGUGCCAUUAGCUAGUUUUCUUACUGUUCUAAUUGAUCCUGACCUUUUUCCUCCAAUCUUGUAACAGUUCAAAUGUGUAGCUGUAGCACCAUCACCUCCAGAGAUACCUUCUGCAUAUUUUGCAGAUGUUGUUAUAGAAGUUUCCCAGUUUUGAGGCAAGUCCAUGUGGGAAGGGCUACUGAGUUUUGCUUGACGUUGCAGCUAACUCUGCUGUUCAGCCAUUAAGCACAGUUCACUUCUAGUUAGAAAAUUUGAUAGGGAAGCUCUGUAAAUAUAGUCGAGGACGAAAAUUUUGCUUAUUGUAAUUGGUUUGUGGUAAUGAAGUAUCGUUUCGGGAAACUAUUCUCUAUGGCAGAGA